AUGGCCAAAGGGGCAGCUUCCUUUAGUCUCUUCUCAUGUCUCUUUGCUUUGUUCUUGAUCAGUUCAGUCUCAGCAGUCACAGAUGAUCCUCAAGAUAAACAAGUGUAUGUUGUGUACAUGGGUUCACUUCCGUCUCGAGUGGAAUACACGCCAAUGUCUCAUCACACGAGUAUUCUUCAAGAGGUCACCGGAGAAAGUUCAAUCGGAGGUCGCCUAGUGAGAAGUUACAAGAGGAGUUUCAACGGUUUUGCGGCCCGACUCACAGAGGCAGAACGGGAACGAGUAGCCGAAAUGGAGGGAGUUGUGUCUGUGUUCCCGAACAAGAACUACAAAAUCCAAACGACUAGGUCUUGGGAUUUCAUGGGGUUAAAGGAAGGAAAGAAUACAAAACGAAACUUGGCCGUGGAGAGUGAUACUAUUGUCGGAGUCAUCGACACUGGGAUUUGGCCUGAAUCCGAGAGCUUCUCCGAUAAAGGCUUUGGCCCUCCUCCCAAGAAAUGGAAAGGUGUUUGUUCCGGCGGCAAAAACUUUACCUGCAACAACAAAUUAAUAGGUGCAAGAGACUACACAGGGGGAGGUGUUAGGGACUCUAUUGGACACGGUACACAUACAGCGUCCAUCGCAACUGGAAAUGCUGUUGCGGACAUAAGCUUCUUUGGAAUCGGCAAUGGAACGGUGAGAGGUGCCGUUCCAGCCUCUAGAAUUGCAGCUUACAAUGUCUGCCUCAGAAAAGGUUGUACGUCAGAAGCUAUACUAUCUGCGUUUGAUGAUGCGAUUGCCGACGGUGUUGACCUCAUCACUCUAUCUAUCGAUGGAUAUACAUUCCCCUUCGAACAGGAACCGACCGCGAUUGGGGCUUUUCAUGCUAUGGCCAAGGGAAUCCUUACUGUGAACUCGGCUGAUAACAGCGGUCCGACUCCGGGCUUAAUCUCGAGCGUAGCACCUUGGAUUUUUUCCGUUGGAGCCAGCACCACGAAUCGUGGGUUUGUCAACAAAGUUGUUCUCGGUAACGGCAAGACACUUGUGGGGAAAUCAGUGAAUGCUUUUGAUCUGAAAGGAAAGAAGUACCCACUAGUGUACGGAAAAUCUGCUGCUUUGCCUACCUGUGACACAGAAUCUGCCAAGCAAUGUUUAGAAAGGUGUCUAGACGAAUCUCUAGUGAAAGGGAACAUCUUGGUUUGCGAUAAUUAUGAUGGUCUGAAAAUAGCUCAUUCAAUGGGAGCUGUUGCAUCCAUUUUUGUAAACCCUGAAGACUAUGCAGCCGUCCACGUUUUGCCCUUCUCUGCUCUAUCACAAGAUGACUUUGCCUCUCUCGUCUCUUACAUUAACUCCACAAAGUCUCCAGAAGCGGCUGUUCUAACAACUGAGACAAUCUUUAAUCAGACAGCUCCUAAAGUUGUUUCCUUCUCUGCCCGCGGUCCAAACGCCAUUGCUUCUGAUAUUCUCAAGCCAGAUAUAACAGCACCAGGAGUGGAGAUCCUCUCUGCCUAUCCACCUGUGGCUUCACUUAUACCACCGUAUAAAAAAGAGAACGACACCAGACAUGUAAACUACACUGUACUGGCCGGAACUUCGAUAGCAUGUCCACACGUUGCAGGCGCGGCUGCGUAUGUCAAGACUUUUCACCCUGAAUGGUCUCCUUCCAUGAUUAAAUCUGCCAUCAUGACAACCGCUUGGCUGAUGAAUGCUACUGGAACUGGCUUUGCAUCGACCGAGUUUUCUUAUGGAGCCGGCCAUGUCGACCCAGUGGCUGCUGUUAAUCCCGGACUCGUCUAUGAAUCGACCAAAUCAGACCACAUCGCCUUUCUCUGUGGCAUGAACUUGAAUGCAACAGCCCUGAAACUCAUUUCCGGUGAAGCCAUCACUUGCACGGAGAAAAUCUUACAAAGAAACCUCAACUAUCCUUCCAUGUCGGCUAAAAUAACGGGAAAUAAUAGCUCUUUCACCAUCACUUUCAUCAGAACCGUCACUAAUGUCGGUGCCCCCAACUCGACAUACAAAUCAAAGGUACUCGCAGGUCACGAAUCUAAACUCAGCGUAAAGGUCUCACCUAGUGUUCUAUCAAUGAAGUCGGUGAACGAGAAGCAAUCUUUCACAGUGACUGUUUCAGGCAGCAAUCUCAACCCAAAACUGCCUUCAUCUGCAAACCUAAUCUGGUUUGAUGGCACCCAUAAAGUGAGAAGCCCCAUUGUUGUGUAUACGGAUGGUUACAAAUGA